AUGGCGAUGGCAGACAGGAUUGUAGACGACAAUGCUAGAGACGGCCACGUGGAACUGGUGCAAAUCAAUCGUACGGCUCUGGCUUCAGCCUUUGCGCGUACAUCAACCCUCUUGUACCGCGCACUCCAAAGCAGCCAUGCAGUGGAGGAUUCUGGCACAUGGAUAACACGCAUCAUCGGAGCUCUGCCAUUAGGCUCCUACUUAGCUUCUUCGGUGAAGGGUCUCGGCUUAUGUGCUAGCGCUAUGUUUCCGUCCAUUAGUGGCAUCUGUGGUUUGGAGAAGCAGAGGCAACUAACGAUAGCUGGCAGGGAGGGUUCUAAUCAUGUGCUGGGGGAGAAAUACGCCCAGGAGCUUUUGUGGAUAGCUAAUAAGAUGUGCGAGUGUGGUGUAGUGGAUGAUGCCUUGCUGCAGUGGAGCUUAGCCUCGGCUCUGGCUUCCCUUUCUCUCACUGCCAGCCCUAGGGUCCAAGGCUUCAUUGUCAAAAUUUCAGCUAUAUUACUUGGAGAGCUUAUUCGAGCAAAGCUGGAGGUCCCUAGGCAAGUGAAGAUUAGGCUGCUGGUGCUUUGGCUUCCAUUGUUUUGCUACGCAGACAACGGACUUGCAUAUCCAGUCCUGACGGGCUAUGAGAAGGCAGAAAUGGAGAGGAUAAUGGAUGAAAUGAUCUCUGGCUUACCAUCCAUGGAUCAAGAAGUAAUACUCACAAAUUGGUUGCAGGACUUCACUAUGUCCACCUCAGAUUGGCCUAACCUGCAAACCUCGUACGACCGGUGGUGCAACUCUACUCGCAAGCUUAUUACCUGA